CAGAGGACACCAACAUGCUGAUUUCUCUCUUGGGGAAUGUGUGCCUGAUGCCUUUCAAGACCCCACCCUCAGAGAGCUCUCUAGAAGGGGAGACAGCCCCUGCUCAGGUCUGGAAUAUGAGGCUCUCCUCGCCACUUCAGAACGCACGCAUUUGGUUUGCUCUGAGCCUGACCUUCUGUGCCGGCAGAAGUCUCUUCAGUCGGACUUGGGUACUGCAGAUGUAGCGCAGUUCAGUGCUUGGCUUCCCCUCGGUGCGCCUCAUCUUGGGCAAGGAAACUGAGGUUCCGCCAGGUCAACUGACUUCUCUGCAUAAGUGGGACCUAGGGUAGGACCUCCUUCAACAGUUUGACCCUGAUUUUCCAGAUGGAGGAUUUUGUUGUUUAGAACGCAGGUUGGAAAAUUGGAGAGCAGGCAUGUGUUGCCCACUGAAACUCCUCCUGAUGCCAGUGUUACUGGGGACCUGCACGGACAGCCAGAAUCAGCCAGCAAAGUCAGAGAGAAGCUUUUGUAAGGGAACUAAAGAGAAGAGGAGGGAAGCAAAGAAUACCUAUUAUUCCCUGGGCCUGAAUGACUUGAUUGUUUCCUCCCUUGAGCUAACGGUCCAUGUGGGUGAUUCAGCCCUGAUGGGGUGUGUUUUCCAGAGCACAGAAGAGAAACGUGUGACCAAGGUAGACUGGAUGUUCUCAUCGGGAGAGCACGCCAAGGAUGAUUAUGUGCUAUACUAUUACGCCAACCUCAGCGUGCCUGUGGGGCGCUUCCAGAACCGUGUGCGCUUGGUGGGAGACAUCUCACGCAGCGAUGGUUCUCUCCUGCUCCAAAAUGUGGAAGAGGCCGACCAGGGAACCUACACUUGUGAAAUCCGGCUUGAAAUGGAGAGCCUCGUGUUCAAGAAAGCGGUGGUGCUGCAUGUGCUACCAGAGGAAACCAAAGAGCUCAUGGCCCAUGUGGGUGAUUCGACUCAGCUGGGCUGUGUUCUCCAGAGCACAGGAGAGAAACGCAUGACCAAGGUAGACUGGACGUUCUCAUCAGGAGAGCAUGCCGAGGAGGAGGUUAUGUUACGUUAUUACUCCAAACUCAGGGUACCUGUGGGGAACCCCCAGAACCGGGGCCGCUUCCAGAACCGUGUAACCCUGGUGGGGGACACCUCCCGCAAUGAUGCGUCUAUCAUGCUCCAAGGAGUGCGGGAGUCUGACAGAGGAAGCUACACCUGCAGUAUCCACCUGGGGAACCUGACCUUCAAGAAGACCACCGUGCUGCACGUGAUCCUGAAAGAGCCCCGAACAUUGGUGACCCCAGCAGCCCUCAAACCUGAGAUCCUGGGUGGUAAUCAGCUGGUGAUCAUUGUGGGGAUUGUCUGUGGCACUAUCCUGCUGCUUCCCGUUCUGAUAUUGAUCGUGAAGAACACCCACAGGAAUACGAGCUCAGGAACGUCCACAACCCUGGUUAAAAGCCUGGAGAACAUACAGAAGGCUGAUCCAGAGUGUUAUGUCUCAGCAUGCCGGCCGGUGCUGGGCACGGAGCAGGGGCUCAGGAAAUCUUCAAAACAUGUUUACUCCUCAAUAACCACACGGGAGCUGAUGGAGGAAGAAGAAUCGAGUGGAAGGGCAGAGGCCACCUACAUGACCAUGCACCCAGUUUGGCCUUCUCUGAGGUCAGCCCCAAAUAACCCGCCUGAAGAAAAGUCAGCUGGGGGAAUCCCCAAACCAGAGCAAGCCUUUUGAGAAGAAAGGAGAAUUCCUUUUGUCCUUAGCAGUGGCACAGACUCUGUCCUCUGUGUGCCCCGAGUCCCUGUCCUGGUCAUUCCGGACCCCUGCCCCCACCCCAGCUGGUUUCCUGCCUCAUCGGUGAAAAGGCUGAAGAAGGAGGGUUCAGAACCUGGCAGAAAGACGGGACAGCUCGGGAGGAACGGGCUUCGAUGGAGAGAAGCAUGGCGGCGUUCUUUCCGGAGCGGGACACUGGCCCUGGGGACCCUGGCCGAGCCGCCGCAGUGGCCUCCUGCAUUCCAUCAGGUCCUCCCCUUGGAUGUUGGUCUCCAUGGAUGGGUUACUGGGAAGAAUCACAGAAAUCAAAACCAACCCAAAUGGUUCCUUUGGCAAAUUACCCCUAAAUAAACGUGGCUUGUGGAAAUCA